CACGAAUCCGAUAUCUUUAUGUUUUACUCGUGUCCGAUUCUCAAGACAAGCGACUCUUUUCAUCUUUCGUACGAACUGCUGGCAAAUCACUUGAACAUUUCAUUUCUUUGUAAAUACAAAUGUGUAGCUGAAUGUUCAAUUUAUCUGACAAUAAAACAAGACGCAAAAUGUCGCGCGGAUGCUUCUGUGAACAGACGGAAUGAAUCAAGUGAACCGUUCAAAGGAACCGUUUGGCGGAAUUGAAUCGGACUCAUCAGCUUUAUUGUGUUUCACUGGUGUGGAGGAUUGUGAGAUUCUCGUUCAUCUGUCCAGUCUUUGCGGAUGUGCUGGAGGUCUUUGGAGGAGCUGUGAUUGUUUCUGAGGGGGUCUCGUGCACGUGCGUGCGGGGGUCUGACGGUUGUGUGUGCCGUGGUCCGUCGCAGGGGAUCGGUCGGUCCAUGGUGACUUUCAUUUAAGUCUUUGGCUUCAAGUGUGCUCCGCCAAAUCUCACAUCAUGUCGGGAGCGUACGAUGAGAGCGCCAUGUCCGACGAGACCACCGACAGCUUCUGGGAGGUCGGGAACUACAAGCGUACAGUGAAGCGGAUCGAGGACGGUCAUCGUCUCUGUAAUGACGUGAUGAACUGCAUACAGGAACGUGCCAAAAUAGAAAAAGCUUACGGCCAGCAGCUCACCGACUGGUCCAAAAGAUGGAGACAGCUCGUGGAGAGAGGACCGCAGUACGCUUCUCUAGAGAGAGCCUGGCUGGCCGUGAUGACGGAGGCAGAAAAGGUGAGCGAGCUGCAUCAGGAGGUGAAAAAUAAUCUGCUGAACGAGGACCUGGAGAAAGUGAAGAACUGGCAGAAAGAUUCUUACCACAAACAAAUGAUGGGCGGCUUUAAAGAGACCAAAGAGGCCGAAGAGGGCUUCAGAAAAGCUCAGAAACCCUGGGCCAAAAAACUGAAAGAGAUGGAAGCAGCGAAGAAAUCAUAUCACAUGGCCUGUAAAGAAGAAAAGAUAGCAUCUACGAGAGAAGCCAAUAGUAAAGGAGAAGCAUCUGUGACAACAGACCAACAAAAGAAACUUCAGGAGAAACUGGACAAAUGUAAAAAUGAUGUACAGAAGGCCAAAGAGAAGUACGAGAAGAGUCUGGACGAGGUCAGUGGCUGUUCACCGCAGUACAUGGAGAACAUGGAGGUGGUGUUUGAGCAGUGUCAGCAGUUCGAAGAGAAGAGAUUGAACUUCCUCAGAGAGAUUCUUCUAGAUAUCAAACGACAUCUCAACCUCACCGAGAGCCAAAGCUACGCCACAGUUUACCGUGAUCUUGAGCGAAGCAUCACCUCAGCCAGCGCUCAAGAAGAUCUGAAGUGGUUUAAUAACGCUCACGGGCCUGGCAUGCACAUGAACUGGCCACAGUUUGAGGAGUUCAAUCCAGAUCUGAGUCACUCCAUAAAUAAGAAAGAAAAGGUUAAAAAGAAUCCCGACGGAGUGACAUUAACUCAAGUGUCUCAGGCUGGAGAUCAAGGGACGCCGAAAGCAGGAGAGCGCGGCAGCGUGAGCAGCAAUGAGAAGAAUCAGCAGUAUUCUGCAGAAUGGUCAGACGAUGAACAGCCUCCCGCCGCUCAACCGGACGACGAAACAAACGGAGUCGGAAAUCCAUUCGACGAGGACGGCAGAGGAGUGCGCGUGAGGGCUCUGUACGACUACACCGGUCAAGAACAAGACGAGCUGAGCUUCAAAGCAGGAGAUGAGCUCAUUAAACUAGAAGAUGAAGAUGGGCAGGGCUGGUGUAAAGGACGACUGAAGAGCGGUCAGUUAGGUUUGUAUCCCGCCAACUACGUGGAGCCCAUUUAAUUCUCUCAUGCGCCUUAAAGACUUCUGAAGAAUCCACGACAACCCUUUCCCUGCCUGACCCACCCGCACACAUCAUCAUUUCCCUCGAGGAACGUUUCCGUGCAUCUGUGUUCAGUAUUGUGAUGCUGACGUGUGUAAUGUACAUUCAUGUACAUCCGUGAUGCCUCGCAUAGCAAAAAUCAGCUAUGCAAUGUGAACUUUUUUUAUGUUUAUUUUGAAGUACAACGUUCAGCGUUAAAACUUGUGACCCUUUGUAUUACAAUCUGUUUUACUUUAGCGGGGCUGAACGAACAAAGAGGGCUCACACAGACAUCAUCUAACAUUUAAUGAAAGACGAUAAACAUAAAGACUUGAUUUUCACAAGAAAAAAUAUUGUAGUUGUAUAUUUGAAGAGUUUGGUUCCAAAAUGAGAUAACGCCGUUUUUAAAGUUUUUCAAAAAUCAUGUUUUUUUAUUGUGCAAUCCAAUUCAUAUCCAUCAAACUGCAGUUGGUUUGUUUUGAUUUACACCAUAAUAACCCAAAAAAUGCAGCUAACUAACACAAUAAAACAUGAUAACAUAAUAUAUAUAUUUAAAAACAUAGUUAUCUCAUUUUGGAUAUAAACUCUUCAUUUUAAUAUUUACUAGAGUAAACUGUAGUACAUUAUAGUAAGGAUUACACUUUGUCAUUGUAUAUAGUAUUAAUCAUAGUGAAUAGAUGAACUGUAGUAAAUACUCUAGUGUAGUGUAAUAUUUAUAUAACAGUUUACAGUAGUAAAUGCUAAAGUAUACCACGGUAUUUUUUUUAUGCGAAUGCUGAAUUGAGCACAUUUCAUGUUGGAUUAAUGCAGUGACAUACAGAUGCUUCAUGAAUUUAAGAUGCUGUUGUCAUGUUUCAUUGAAACGCUCUUCUCCAUCUUUAUUUACUUCAAUGUUUUGUAAGCUUUAUUUGAAGAAACUCUAAACGACACAACAAAGUUUCAUUUUAGAAAAGUGCUCAAAAAAACUGUGACAAAAGUCCCGAAGGAAUGUUCAAGCGAGAAAAUGAUAAUCCUCUAAUAUCUUACUGGAUGAACUUUCAUUCUGGAUGAAAAAAACAUUUUCAUCUGCCUGAGGUUUGAAAUGAUGAUUGAAAGUGAAUGAACAUUCCAGUGGGAUUUUAUGUGACUAACUGCAGAUAUUAGUUAUGAUUUCAUGACUGUUGAGCUGAAGUCUGUUCAAAUGCUUUUAAAUGUUUUUUUUAAUGUUCUUUUGCCUUUAUUCUCUACAUGUGAUCCAUGACAGAUUCAUUAAGUUCUGUUGAUAUAUUCUGUCUUACAGUAAGAGUCAUGAAUCUUGAUGAUGACGACGGAUUGUGUGUUUAAUGCUGAUGGGAUGAGAGGAGACUGUAUAUACCGUAUAUACUGUAUGUUUAGAACAGACCGAUGUGCUCGGAUCAUCUUCAUGUGUUGUGAAGGUCACAAUAAAACUGUGAGACGGACGGAUGAGCGGUCAGAGAGUUGAAUUCACCAGCAGGGGUCAGCAUCUCUCAAACAUCAUCACAACAUGUCACACGUCACGUUCAAAUCUGGAAAAACAGGCGAAAUCUGAAUGGACAUCUCUACACUCUUAAAAUAAAGGUGCUUAAAAGCGAUGUCAACGAUUUAGUCAAAGGUUCUCUAAAGAACCAUCUCCUUCUUACCUUUCUAUCAUCUGAAGAACCUUUUUCACCACAAAGAACGGAAACAGAAAGGUUCUUUGGCUGUUGAGGUUCUUAAUGGAACCACUUAGACAAAAAGGUUCUUCUACGGCAUCGUGAAGCAUCUUUUUCUUUAAGAGUGUUUGCACAAUAGAAUUUCUGCUUUUCAUGAUGAGCUGGACGGGAUUUUGUGAGCAUCACUGACUGUGUACCAUGGUACAGCAAUAUAACAGACAUGGUACUGUAUAAACCUGUUGUAAAUACUGCCCUCUUAAAUAUAAAGGUGCUUGAAAGGUUCGUCACGGCGAUGCCAUUGAAGAGCCAUUUUUGGUUCGACAAAGAAGCAUUCAGCCAAAGGUUCUGUAAAGAACCAUCUCUUUCUUACUUUUUUAUCAUCUGAAGAACCUUUCUGUUUCACAAAAGAUGUUAAAGGUUCUUUAUGAAACCAAAAGGU